AUGGCAUCUGCUCCGAACAUGUCGGCUGAAACUCAUCGUCGCUCUGGCUGCUUUCAGUGUAAAGCCGUUAGCCUGCGCUGCAUUGGGAGUGUGCCUCGCUGCACUCGAUGUAGGACACUGGAUCUGACGUGUGAGGAGUUUUCCUUCGUGGAGGAACCCGUGGAACAAGGAGUUAGUCUAGGCCGUAGAGGAACGUGUUCAAAACAGCAAAGAGGUAUCCUCAGCCUAAGCAAUUCUAAGCCUACCCAUCGAAAGAUGAUAUCGCUAGAUGCGUACAGUGGGCGGUGGGUAUUCCUCAAUCUCACCACGAAGAAUUAUCUCGAGGACACGGGUGAGGUAGACUAUGAUUCCGACGAAGACACAGCCAUGAAGGAUGUUUCUGGUGAACCAGAUGAUGCGCUUCAACUACGGUCCAUUCUAAGCCAUCCGCUGUCGGAAUACUCCCACUCUGAAAGCUAUCUUCUCCAGUACUUUAUCCAGAGCAUUGGGCCGGAUUGUUCUCUCAGCAGCAAUGACAACCCAUACAUCAACUUGCUGACACCACUUGCUUUCUGCCAUCCCGCUCUCCGGAACGCUAUGGUGUCUGUGGCAGCUAAUCAGCUUCGCUUGCUUGGUGAUGCACGAUAUGCCAAUGAGGCGGCAUUAUACAAGAAUAGAGCGAUACAGGGAUUGCAGCAGGCAGUCGAGCUUCGAAAUAUAGAUGAUGGCAUCAUAGGCACUAUCUUGAUGCUCUGCUUCUAUGAUAUUUCGGAUAAGUGCGAUUCAUCCUGGGUGCAACACCUCGAAGCAGGUCUGGACCUUCUAAACUGCUUGCCUUUGACUGCCUCCUCAAGCCAGGGAUUGCGCAAGUUUUUCCAAAUGUAUUUCAUCGCCCACGAUAUCAUGCGUCGAACGGCAACGCCAGGAAUGGUUAAUGAAAAUGGGCGAUAUGGUUGGUCAGAAUACGAUAAUCUUGACGAGAUCGAUACAAUAAUGGGUUGCUCACGACGACUCAUGGGCAUCAUCGAUGAUAUUUCUGAUCUUCCUUCUGACGGCAAUACGGUAAAUGUUAUGAGAAACGCCGGACCUGCCGAUACCUACAUAAUAAGAGCACAUCGCCUUAGUUGCGACCUAAUCAAUCUCACCCAGACCCUCCCGGCCCACCUCCAACACAGAGAAGAUAUAGUUCGGAUCGCCGAAACGAAGCGUCUAGCAGCAUUCCUGUACCUAAUCGAGCGGGUGAGCUCCACUACCUAUCGCAGGCAAUUUAUCCCAAGAACGGAUAAACGGACGCUAGUGAGCAAAUUGAUAGAUCUCAUCUCGAGCCUUCCUGAUUCCGCGACCUUACUAUGGCCAUUAUAUAUUCUCGGACAGACCGCACAGGAUGAUCAGGAUCAUCGCCGGUUUGUUAUGGAUCGACUAGAGCGGAUAGAACGGACACGGAACCUAGGGAGUGUGCGACGAGCGAGGACAGCGAUGAAAGAUACGUUUCGGAUCAUGGACAUGCGAUACUCGGCUCAGAAGAGGGACGGGAGGUUUGGUAAUAUUAGUCUGGCUUGA